GCACAUUUUUCUGUCAACAUGCGCUGGGAAUUAUUCGUGUUGUUGGUCUUGCUGAUUGUGUGGAAAACAGGAUAUGCAGUGAAGCCCGUGGUGACCUUCAACCAAAACUGGGACAAGAUCUUCACAACCGAGUCUCUAACAAUGACCUGUAAUGUGAGGUCACGAGAUGUGAUCUACUCCUGGUACAAGGAUAAUACCCAGAUACACACAGGACAAAGCUUUGUUAUUGGAAAUGCAGUAAAAGGUAACAGUGGGAAUUACCAGUGUAAAGGCUCCAAUACUGAAAGAAGUGACUCCGUCAGACUGGAGGUCAGCAAUGACUAUGUGAUCCUGCAGGCUCCUCUCUACAUUUAUGAAGGUGACCAUGUGACUCUGAGAUGUCACCAUUAUCCCGGAUAUUCUGCAGGAAGCACGAUAUUUUACAAGGAUAACACUAUAAUAAGAGACUGGGGACCUGAUUCUCUAUUCCGUAUUACAAACAUAAAUAUUGGAAAAUCUGGUAAAUAUAAAUGUACAAACAAGCUUUCUGGAGGUUAUGAGUACUCAGGAGAAGCGUCUAUUUCUGUCAGAGAACUAUUCACAGCUCCUGAAAUAAAAGUGAAGACAAACCGGGUGUUGGAAGGAGAUCACAUGACCCUGACAUGUGACACGAGUCUUAGCCCACACAGACAGACGGAUCUUCAGUUCGCUUUCUACAGAGAUCAACGGACUGUUCAGAAUUUCACUUUAUCUGACCAAUAUGGAGUUGAAAUGGCUCAACUGAAGGAUUCUGGGAAAUAUUAUUGUGAAGCAAAAACUUUAAACAGUAAUGUGAAAAAGAGAAGCGAUGAGUUGAAUAUUAAAAUAAAUGAGCCCUUCACUGACCCGGAAAUCAAAGUAUCCGCAAACCCAAUAGAAGGAGACAACAUUACACUGACCUGUCUUACCAAACCUUCUCCAUUCAUAUUAGAUACAGAAGUGGAGUUUGCUUUCCAAAGAAAUGGACAGAACGUUCAGGAAUUUGGUUCUUCCAAUAAAUAUGGAAUCCUGUUUGCUAAAUUGGAGGAAUCAGGGUCUUAUAUCUGUGAAGUCAGAAGGUCAGCCAAUGGUUUAACUAAGAAGAGUAAGGAGAUAAAUGUCCAAAUACAAGAGCUCUUCUCUCACCCGGAAAUUGUAACAAACACAGAUUUCCCCAGAGAAGGCAGCAGAAUUAUCCUAAAAUGUAACACGAGUAUAAGAAACGGCAUUGAGCUGCAGUUCGCGUUCUACCAGAAUGAAAAGAAGGUUCAGAAAUUGAAUUCAUCACAUCAAUAUAUAAUCCCAUUGGCUCAACUGGAGGAUUCUGGGAAUUAUUCCUGUGAAGCAAGAACUCUAUACAAUGGGAUGAAGAAAAGAAGUGCAGUAGUAAGUGUGGUCAUUCAAGGAACCAUUAGCAUAACGGUAUAUCUUCUUAUAAUUUGCCCGGUAACUCUACUUCUCCUCAUCCUUGCUAUCCUGGGGAGCCUCUACAUGUUCCGUCAACGACGUCCUUCUGUAAACAACCAAGACCCCACUACAGGUGCUCCAGUGAGGACAGAUGAAAGAGAAGUAAAUCGUGUUACCUACUCUGCUUUGAGGCCCAAAUCUAUGCGUCGUUUGGCGGCUGCCCAAGAAAUGUCUGAUGAGCCAGAAAGCAUCUAUGAGAACACCUAAUCCUCGGCCAUCUUCUACUGGGCCUACCAACUACUUACGUAAAUGGACUGACUUUUAACAAGUUGGCUUUAUGUCUUUGUUUGACUUGGUGGUGUGUUUUGGAUUUUUAUAGGAUUUAUUGCAAAAAGUGGCAGUUGAUAAAAGAGAAAACUGGCAGUUGAUUGUCAGAGUACGGACAAACAUCUGAGUUGUGAAGUUUUACAGAAGAUUUUUGCAAGUAUUACCUUCUAAAAGACCACCCCAUGAGUUGAAUAAAAAAGCGAUGAAUUGCACAAAGACAGCAAAUUAUGAGUUCGCUUUCGUUCUUAAACCACAGUGGACUAAAUGACACUUUGUAAUUUGAUUGGUUGCUGGGAGUAGAAGAUGUGCGGUCAAGGCUUGAAAUAUCUUCUAGUUCAAAGCCAGUUUAAUACCAUUGCACUUAUCUUUUGUUGUACAAUACCUGAGAAUUGCAAACAGUUUUUUGUGUUUUAUGUAAAUUAUAAUGUUGUUUUUGGAUAUUUACAAGUCUAUAAACUGAUCUUCAAGAUUAUCCCUUCCGUCAUGUAGGUAAAAUGUGUACAAACAUUAUAGGGUGGAUUUACUAA